GGGAAUUAUUAUAAAAAAAAAACAUAUAAAAAAAACCAAAAGGAAAGAGCAAGUUUCGUUGGUAGGAGAAUUUGUUUUUUUGUUCAACCCAAAGCCUCGCCUCAUAGCUAGCUCCAGCCUUCGGCCUUUCAAAGAAUAACCGGAAAAAAAAAAAUGACCAGCAAAACAGCAGAUAUUAACCGAAAAAGCCCCAAACUCCUUCAAAAUUACAUUCUAGCCCUCUUCCUCAUCACCACAAUCCACUCCUCAAAAUCUCAGUCCAAUAUCUCGGCCUCCCGCCCGACCCCGCCCCCACUCCCGAUACUACCAAUCCCAACCUCACACCAGCUCUCAUGGCAGCUCGCGGAGAUGGCCCUUUUUUUUCACUUCGGCCCCAACACUUUCACUAAUUCAGAAUGGGGCACGGGCCACGCGGACCCUUCGGUUUUCGACCCGGACGCCGUCAACGCCACGCAGUGGGUAAAUGUGGCCAAGGACGCAGGUUUUUCCAGAGUCAUCUUGACUACGAAGCACCAUGACGGGUUUUGCUUGUGGCCUUCGCAGUACACAGAUUAUUCGGUGAGGUCGAGCCCGUGGAGGAAUGGGACCGGCGAUGUUGUCAAGGAAUUGGCUGAAGCUGCGAGAGCUAAUGGCGUUCAAUUGGGCCUCUAUCUCUCUCCCUGGGACAGGCAUGAGUCCUGCUACGGGAAGACGCUUGAGUACAACGAGUAUUAUUUGGGCCAGAUGACCGAAUUGCUUACCAGAUAUGGUGAAGUCAAAGAGGUUUGGCUAGAUGGUGCAAAAGGGGAAGGAGAGAAGUACAUGGAGUACUUCUUCGAUGAUUGGUUUAAUGUAAUUCAUCAACUUCAAGCAGGGGCCGUCAUAUUUUCGGAUGCAGGGCCAGAUGUGAGGUGGGUUGGGGAUGAGGCUGGAUUUUCUGGGACAACUUGCUGGUCUCUCUUCAAUCAGAGUAAUGCCAAAAUUGGCGGCACAGAUCCUGCAUAUUCCGGACAAGGGGACCCGUUAGGCCACGACUGGAUACCCGCCGAAUGCGACCCUGCACUCGCUCUCCUCGACCUAUACUACAAAUCCGUGGGCCGAAACUGCCUCCUCUUACUAAAUGUGCCCCCAAAUUCCUCGGGCCUCAUUGCGCAAGAAGACAUUCUCGUCCUUCAAGAAUUCACCAAAAUGCGAACCUCCAUAUUUUCCAACAACCUAGCCAGAGUUGCCACGGUUUCUGCCAGCAGCACCCGAGGCAGUAUAAACGAAUCUCUUUACAGCCCAGUUAACAUUCUUGAUGAAAGUGUGGAUUCGUACUGGGCUCCAGCAAGUGGGCCAGCAUCAUCGUCAUCAUCGGGCUGGGCUUUGUAUCUUGAUUUUGAUGAGGCUGUUGAAUUUAAUGUCGUGAUGGUGCAAGAGCCGAUCCAGAUGGGCCAGAGGAUUAUUGAGUUUCGUCUCGAUUUCGUGAAUGGGGAUGGGGAGUGGGAGGUGGGGGCUAAUGGGACGACUGUUGGGUACAAAAGGCUGUUGGUGUUGUUUCCUAGUGUAAAUAGUAGGCGAUUGAGGUUUGUUGUUGUUAAGAGUCGUGCUGAGCCUCUGGUUUCGUAUUUUGGUCUGUAUACGGACCCAUUUUCGGCUUCUGGGCAAGUUUUGGGAUUGAGAGGUAAUGGCAGUGAAGUCGUGCCGCCAAGGAAUCGCUGGAUUUUGAAGAGUUCCUAUUAA